UCUUCAUAGUUGAGUGCGUGUGUUUGUUGGUAUAUCAACCUUCGCGUUUUGUAUUCAUUUUGGGUGAGAAUCCGUAAGAUUAUUUUGUUUUGUUUAUUUAAACGACGGUUAAAGUGUUCCAAUGAACCACUAACGCGAGUGUUUGCAUGGUCGUGUGUGUGUGUGUGUGUGUUCGGUAAAAACUCAAAAUGUGUGCUUGACUUACCUUCACCACACAGUAAAUUGUGGAAGGCUGCCUUAAAAUUUUUCGAAUUUUAUGGUGCGUGUGUGUGUAGGGGCGAAAGUAAAACAUAGCCACCAGCCAAGUGAAAACUGUAAACAUUUAAUGCAAGUAUGAAAGUCGGCAAUAUCCCCUGUGUCAAUGAUGAACAAACUCAAAUCGGUAUUAGACUUUGUGAAGCCGUCAAACUGCAUCCUUGUCUCUACGAUCCGUUGUCGCAGGGCUACCAAGUGAGAAAUGCUACAUCUGCGGCUUGGAAAAUUGUUGCCAAAAAAUGCUCCGAUAGCGCUGCCAAUUGCAAAUUUCGUUGGAAGAUAAUUCGCAAUGCCUUCACCCGCUCAUAUCGGAAAUACGGCAACAAUUCUCAAUACUAUCUGCAGGAUCAUUUGGAUUUUUUGAUACCUCACACCGGUGUUGUGGAUAGAAAUGAUGAUAGUACUCUUCAGCCUGACGAAAAUAGUGUUUCUCAGCAGGAAGGGGAAAAGAAUGAUGACUAUGUACCGAUUGGUGAGCUAUUUAAUGAUAGUGAUACCACUAAAAGUGCGGAGGAAUGUGCUGCCAAUCUUCGAACGCAAGAUCUGCUUACACCACUUCGCCGGAAAAGUGUUCCUUUACCUAUUAUAGAAAAAGAAGAUAAUGCUGCGAAUGAUGAUUGCGUCAUGUUAAGAUCACCUUCUCCUGCACUACCCGAAAUACAGGCUCAUUUAAGGGCCAACGAGGAACUGCUGGAAUUACGACCCUCACGUACCCGCAAAGCCCCCAAGCGUAUUUAUGAACUGGACACUGAUGCACCGGAGACCCAAGCAGAAAAAAGGCAAAAACGCCUUAUGCAGCGUCGCAAGUCGAUUGGCGGUUUGGUUUUACGUGAGUAUAUGCAAAAGAACAUCAUCAACUUGGAUGAACCAGAUGAGGAGCCAGAAAUGCGCAAGCCAAAACCUCUCGAUAAAACACGCAAAUCCGUUGAAAACCUCUUGGGAAUUCUCAAAGAACCAAAGAUGCCGAAACCUGUUAAUGAAACAGGGAAAUCAUAUGAAAAUCUCUUGGAAUCAAAACUGCCGGAACCAAAACAGUCGGAACCAAAACAGCCGGAACCAAAACUGCCCGAACCUCGAAUACCAACAAUUCUAGUGCGCAGCUUUGCCAAGGCUCCAACUACAUCUGACAUAUCCACAAAUACCGAUUUUGCUGGCAACGAAACAGCAGAGAUGGGAAUUCAAUGCAACACCAAUGUCGUCGAACCCAUGGAUGAAGCCUUUUUAGAGUCUCUAAGACCUCAAAUUAGAAACAUGAACUUUCGCCAAAAGAUUAAUUUCAAACAACGAGUCUACUUAGCUUUAAUGGAGGUCCUUGAUGAUGCAAAGAAUUUUCCCAAUGAUGAAGGUGAAGUGGUAGAACUUCCACCCACUUUGGCCCAACAUUUUGAAUCUACCUCAAGUGGGGAGAUUCGUCUAAUGAGGCAACUUGUUUCUUUGGUGCAAGCAGCUAAAACAUCUUCGGAGAUAGUUAAUGCUACUAACCAGGUGCCCGUUGUCACCGACCUUAGCUCAACCACGAAUGAGCAAAAUGGGAAUAAGGGUGCAAAUUCGCCCAUCACCAUUGAAUUGGAUUCGCCCAUGACCAUUGAAUUUCCUACUCCUAUUAAAGAAGUCAAUACCCCCAGUCAGAACCAAACAACCCCCAGUCAGAUUACCAGCACUAAAUCAAAUGACUCCAUGGGCAUACCACGUCAUAUUUUGCACAGAGCAGUGCAAGUAACAGGCAACGGUGGGGGAACUCUGCUUGCCCACAGUGGAGAUAAGAAGCGCAUAUAUCGCAUCUAUCCCAAGAAUCCUGCGGGCGCAUCUCUCACAAAUAUAGGAGAUAGAAUAACAAAUACCCAAGGCUCUACGGGAACAUUCUUCGUAACGCCAUCGAAACCUCCCAGCAAACCAGUCGUGCCCUUGGCCUCCAGAGGUAUAUCACCAGUGUCGGUUCCUAAAGCACCAGCGCCAAUUCCUAAACCACCAGCGCCAGUGACAAUUUCCAAGCCACUGGCGCCAGCGCCACCUCCCAUCAUAAGAGGUACUGCUAUUCAGUAUCCCAAAAUUAUUAAGACGACAAACCCCACAACUUCUACAACGCAAUCUCCAAUGUUGCCACCCAAUUCGAAUAAAUCACCAGUAUUGUCAAAUGGUGCCAGUGGAACACCACCGCCGUCAUCGGCUACCAAGUUCAACCUUACCACCCAUGUUCCCAGUGCAAAUAUAUUCCGCAGACGCUAUUCCAUUUGUGGCCCAGCACUGAGUGGAACAGCAGGAGGUACAACUCUAACGCAAAAUAGGCCUUCCCAAUUGAAUUCCAAAAUGUUUACACCACCGCUCCCUGUGGGUCAAAAGAUACAACUGCAAAGGACACCACUGCAACAACAGCAACAUCUACAACAACAAAAACUUUUGCUACAGAAUAAUCUAAGACUAAAACAGCAACAUGCUAGAAUUCAAUUGAUGGGUGGAAUUUUGGCACAGCAACGAUCACAUCUACAACUGCAGCAGAAACAAACAACUCAACUGAACGGCUGCAACAAUUACCACAGCAACACAACAAACUCAAAUAGUCCAAUACAACAAUUUCAUAUAUCACAGCCUGUAAGCCUUAACUCGGCAGCAACAGCCGCUAGCAGUGAUCCGCUCGCUGUAGCCUCUACCUCUGGCAGUAAAUGUUCCGAUGGAUCGAUUAGCUGCUCCAAAUUAUUUGACAUCCUUGACUCCCCGAGAGGCUCACCAACAGUAUCGCCACGACCAUCGCCCAGCUCAAGUCCAUACAAUGCAACUCUAGAAGAGAUGCUACAAGAUGAACUGAAUCCUGUCAUCACCCCUGAUAUCCCCGUUUUAGAAACGGCCGGUACUAUAGCAGCAGAUAGUUUUGAAUCUGAAUUUGCCAAAGCCCCCGCUAUAAAAUCAGAACCGGACGAAUAAGCCAUCGAAUAUAUUUCCAAAAAUAUAAUGUUUUGUUUCCUGUUUUCUUUUUCAUUUUUCUAGCUUGUACUAAACGGACACUUUGUAAUUAUUACAAAAAAAAGUAUAUAAAAUUCUAAAAUUUCUUGAGUAAAAGAAAUCGAUUAUACAUUGUCUCAUGUUAAUAAA